AUGUCGUUCCAAAACAUCGGUCUCCGCACACCAGGCGUGCUGAACGUCGUCUUCGGCGCACAAGGGUGUCUUCUCCUAGCAAACGCUGUGUACACCAUCGCGUAUCCAUCCGCAGCCUCAGGCCUGCCAGAAUCACCUCUUGGCGGAGUUCCAGACCACACGGUCCAGGCCAUGGGGUAUGAAUUUACCCUUGUCAUGUUUAUCUAG